AGGCGGGACCGCAAAAUUCGGGCUUCCCAGCGCCCAGUCAGAACAAUUCGCACACGACACCAUUCACUCGCUUUUCUUCCUGCAGUCUCAGCGCCGUGGUUCGGAUUGACCUAGCGAGGCCAGUCGCACGCUCUGCCUCGUCAGAAGCAGACGGGCUUUUGCAAAGGCUGCUCGGGGUGCUGUUGCAAAGAAUCCAGCGACGGCGGGCGCUGUCAAGUGCGGAAGCAGAUAUCCCGCAACUCCUGCCACCGCACUCACGCUCACUGGGGCGCGCGCGAUCGUACGGACAAACAGCGGGUGCGGAAGGAGGAUCGGAGGACCGGGCGGUCGCAAAAGAGCGAGUAGAGAAGACGAACCGCGCAGGGCAACACGCUUGAAAGGCGAGAAGAGGCGGGCAAGACAGAGGACAGCAGUCCAAGAGCGUUGAGAGCGCGAAGCCGAAAGCUCAGAGGGCGCGGCGAGAGAAGUGACAAGUGGACGGAUUGUACGGGGCGCGUCGUGUCAAGGUCGGCCAUGACGAUGAGCACGCCAACCGUCGCACUGCAUAACAAAGAUUCCAACCACUAUCGAGAGGGGAAAGAGCGGCCAGCACUCACCACGACCACUGUUGCGACUUCCGCUGAUUGAGCUAUUGCGUCGGUGACGCCUUGUUUGAUUGCGCUUCGCGGCUUCCCUGUCCUGCAGCGACUGAUUCUGGUUACCGGGCUGCUCUUGCUGUCCGUUGCGCCCACUGCUGGGUUGACGCACGCACGGAAGGCACGACGGCGGCAACAGCGGGCUGGCUGCGCCUGCGUCUGCAUUUGCGGGAGAACGACGACAUCAGGAGCCGGACAAGCUUGCGCGGCCGCUGUAGAGAGACAAACAGGACGUCCGCGCCCACAGAAGCAGCGAGUACACCACAUAUCGCACCGUCACCGCGCGGCCAGACGACGCAAGCUUCGCUUUUCUUUGAUCUUCGAUUUCUGAAGACGGUCCCGCUUGGCGCUGGUGGCACCGCAGCUCUAGGCCCUCGCGCAUGAGCUGCCUGCCUGUUGCCAGCUCCAGUCGACUCUAUCCACACCUUGGGGUGCUCUACGUUACACGACCUUUGGGUGCUUGCGUGACCCGCGCCGCCGGGCUCGAGUGGAAUCACAGCCAACGGCAACCUGCAGCUUGGUAUAUGCGCUCGUGUGCUCGCCCGCUGCGUUUCUAGGAAUCCUUAGCGCACAUCUCUUGCAUCUAACCACGACCACCAACACCGUGUCAGAAAGCUAAUUCGUACCACGCGUGCCUCUGCGUGAGCGGGACGGCCCAAGAUCAGACAAAACCAUACUGUUGGGAACACUUGUGCUGUCUGAUCCUUGUCCGUCCAGGAAAGCCUGUAGAUAGCUGAACGCCUCCUCACUGGUGUGCGUGCCAUUGUUCACGGUUACCAUUUCGAGUGGCUGCCUGUCUCAGCGUGCGCCAGCGUAGGCGGUCAGUCAAGGCUUUGCCGUUUGGAGUGGAAUAAGAAAUAAUCUCUGUGCCCAGAGCAAGAGCGAAAAGAGGAGAGUGAGGGGGCACUUGCCUGCUCGUUAGAAUACGAAGGUGGAAAAAUAAAAGUGCAAUACGCAGGAACGAGAGGCGACCAACAGCCGUACACGUUCACCCUUUUUUUUCGCACUACCUCAGAACGAACAAGGGCGCAGAUCACCCUGGAAAGGCUCAUACAUAUCAUGGCUGCCUCGGACGCGGAAGAUGCUGCAUCGCCUGACCCGGACUUUGGUGACCAGGACGAGUUGUCUGAAGUCAUGGCCGAGUCUGUUUCGGCUUUGCAAUCCUCCACUGCUGUUGCUGUUGACAGGACCGAAAGCAACUCGGGUUCAUCUGAUCAGCACACCCCUACCAACGGCACCUCAGGCGUGAAUAAGCUGAAUCCAAAAGACCCGUCGCGUCCGCGACGUAAGAAGGCUCGACGAGCCUGUUUCGCCUGCCAGAGAGCUCAUCUCACAUGUGGUGACGAGCGACCAUGCCAACGGUGCAUCAAGCGGGGUCUUCAGGACCAGUGUCAUGAUGGUGUGCGCAAAAAGGCCAAGUACUUGUCUGACACACCGGCCGAGCUCCUGAACCCGCCAGGGAUGGGGGGAUAUCAUCCGUACAUCAACGGUACCAAGACCGCCUCUUCGAACAAUGAUGCUUCAGGCGUACCAAUGACAGGAUCGAAUGAAACAGGUCACUACGCAACUCAACAACAGCCGCAGACACCAACAUUGGAGGUGUACGGUCAGACUUCGAAUCAGACGCAGAUGCCGCCGCCUUUAUCCACUACAGGUAGCUUUGGCGCUCAGCAAAGCCCUUUGUCUCCACAGCAGUUUACCCAGCAUGGGCAACAACACAUGAACACGACAAUGGCGCAAGCCAGCCAAGGCAUGACCCAGUUCAACGGUCUGCAUUUUGACCCGAGCGAUCCAGCUUUGUUCAACUUUGACAUUGCAAGCCUGAAUUUUGGCAACCAGUAUGGAGCUUUGGAAUUUGGCAUGCUCAACCAUAUGUCUUCGGGAGCAAAUGGCGACAACCAAGACAUGAUCAAUUCCAUGCACAUGCAAGGUUUCAAUCAAAACUACUCGGAUCCGGCUUUGACAUUUAGCCAAGAUGCAUUCGUCAAUGCUGACUGGAAUAAUAGUCACCCACGUGCCAGCAGCACGAGUGGGCUGUUAUCAACACCUAAUAACACUCCAAUCGUAUCGAGUAUUGAUAGACACGAUAGUCUUACGCAGUUUCCAAAGGCGUAUGCCAUAGGUGCGGGUCCACCCAGCAUGGCAAGUGCAAGCCCAGCAGCUUCGAGUGGGGUGCCAGAUGCGCCUGUGGAGCAACCACAAUCACCGGCACUUUUUUUGAACACAUCACAAGCGCCUUCAUCUCCGAUUAUCCAACGACAAGCAUCCUCAAAGCAACAGCCCGUGCAACCGCCCACGUCAGGUGAGACAUAUAACCAGACCCACCAGGCAACUGCGCCAGCCACGACCACUAGAAAGCGGCCUUACGACGCAGACAUCAUAUACGAAACAGUGAAUAAGCCAUACCCUUAUACUUCAGGAUUCCAUCGCCUCUUUAACUACAUAACACGAAACUUCAGCUCUGAGAAGCGAAUCCGUGUUGCUAAAGCGGUCGCUGCCAUCCGCCCUUCUCUCAUUACAUUCUCACAAGGGCUUACAGAGCAGGACCUUAUUUUUAUGGAGCGUAGCGUUCAAAGGAAGCUUUUUGAAUUUCACGACUUUCUGCAGGCCACAGGAACUCCUACCAUCAUGGCUCGCCGAGACGGAGCUAUUGUGUCUGCCAGCAAAGAGUUUAGUAUUCUGACUGGUUGGUCAAAAUCAGUACUUCUUGGCAAGGAACCCAAUCUUAAUAUAAACUCUGGCGGCGCCUCUGGUGCAUCGACGGCGCCUGGUUCCGCCGCUCGUACUCGCCUAUCGAGUGCGGAGCGAGACACCGCAGAACGGCCGACCACGACACAAUCGGGAAACAGCGCACUGGCCGCAAUGAACACCAAUAACACGCUACCUGUGCUUCUGGCUGAGAUCCUUGAUCAGGAUACGGUGGUCCAAUUCUACGAGGACUUCGCCAGGUUGGCGUUCAGCUCCGCCGGCGGAUCAGUUCUUCGAAGGGGACGCCUGCUCAAGUAUAGAGUUAAAUCGGACCAAAUGCCUGAGCAGCAUUCUGGGAACGGGCAAGACGAUUCGGCCAUGAAAAAAAGGAAGAGAAGCCAAAGUAUCAAGCAUGAGGACGGACAAACACAUAUCAAGGGCGAGGCAGGCAUUACGAAACUGGGCGAGCGAGAGGGAGCCGUAGAUGUGAUGUAUUGCUGGACAUGCCGGAGAGAUGUUUUUGAAGUACCGACGCUUAUUGUCAUGAAUUUUCUACCUAUCAUAUAACUCCGAUGGAUUUCCUAUCAAAGGAUACGAUGGAUUGCACAUCGUCGACGAUUUCAUUCGAUAUUAUUGUUUUUUUGCAGUAAUGUAAAUACUUCAAAUGCAACAUAACAAGGUAAAAAGCAGGGAGACGUUGUACGAGGUAUGGGCGGCUGGCAUGCCUGAAGGCGUAUGGAGGAAUUGGGGUCUUAAGAGAGCCGGAAAAUUAAAAAUUUGCAACAUGAUUGAAAUCCUUUCUUUUCAAGAAUAGUGUCUUUGUGACAUUGGUAGUUGCCUUGCCACGCCAAAUUUUGGCUUUUCGUAUAAUCUCCUCCUUCCUAUUGGACGGCGCAUAACAUUUUUUGUGUUCAGCAAAGUUUUGUAACGUGUCAUUCUCUGACAACUAGCUCAUCAGGUAGACGCGGUCCUUCAUAUCUUGCUCUCGCAUAUCCAAUCCAAUUCGCUGUGGCGAAAAUGGCCAUAGCUCCUAGAACAAC